AUGAAGAAGAAUGACAGCGGGUGUGAGGUGUGUGAGUGUCCUCCGUGUCCUAAUAUAGACUGUGAACUUCCCUGUCAGUCUAAGAAAGGUCCUGGUGGGUGUGAGGUGUGUGAGUGUCCUCCGUGUCCUAAUAUAGACUGUGAACUUCCCUGUCAGUCUAAGAAAGGUCCUGGUGGGUGUGAGGUGUGUGAGUGUCCUCCGUGUCCUAAUAUAGACUGUGAACGUCCCUGUCAGUCUAAGAAAGGUCCUGGUGGGUGUGAGGUGUGUGAGUGUCCUCCUCCGUGUCAUAAGGUGGACUGCAAGCCCUCGUGUCAGGUGCAGGAGGGAAGUGAUGGGUGUGAUGAAUGUGUGUGUCCAGCUUGUCCAGAGGUUGAAUGUAAAGAUCCCUGUGAGCUUAUGAUGACUCCCACUGGCUGCAACAGGUGUGUGUGUCCUGAGUGUCAGUCUGUCGAGUGUGAUGCACGGUGUGAAAAGGUUCUAGGUUCUAAUGGGUGCUACAGCUGUAACUGCUCCAAGGCUUGCCGACCUAUGAGUGACUGUCCACCACACUGUAGUGUAAGAAAUGACAGUCAUGGUUGCGACUUCUGCGACUGCCCAGUCUGUAAAGAAGUCGGUUUGUGUCCAUAUCCAUGCUUUAUAAAAACAGACAAAUUGGGCUGUGGUGUAUGUGAGUGUCCACAAUGUCAACUUAUUGAUAACUGUCCAAAAGCCUGCCCAGUUGAUACGGAUAAAGACGGGUGUAAAGUGUGUGAUUGCCCGCCGUGUAAGGCACUCAUGGACUGCCCAGCUGCCUGCCAGGUGAAGACAAACUGCUAUGGGUGUGCAGUGUGUGACUGUCCCCCGUGUCAGCCAGUGGGUCUGUGCCCUAAACAAUGCUGUGUUCGGAAGAACAAGUACGGGUGUGAGUACUGUGACUGUCCCACGUGUAUGCCAAUAUCUGACUGUCCCAAAACGUGUUCUGUCGUGAAGGACCCCGAAGGUUGUGAUACCUGCAGGUGCCAGACUUGUAAACCAGUAGACGAGUGCCCAGCACACUGCACCAUCACUGCGGGUGUCAACGGUUGCGGCGUGUGCCAGUGCCCGACUUGCCCGCCAGUAGAUGACUGUCCACCACAAUGUUUACUCUCCAAGAACAGUGACGGAUGUGGUGUUUGUGACUGUAGUGAGUGUCGACCAUUACUGUACUGUCCCCCUCAGUGUUCGGUGGUGAAAGACGACAACAACUGUGAUGUGUGUAAGUGUAAGGAGUGUAAGCCUGCGGCCAGCUGUCCAGAAGGGUGUUCACUUGUAAAGGUUACAAAUGGCUGUGACGUGUGUGAGUGCUACGUGUGUAAACCUGUUAUUGACUGUCCCAGGCAGUGCCGAGUCGUCAAGAACAACAAAGGCUGCGACGUUUGUUACUGUACAAAAUGUAGACCUUUGCUGUUCUGCCCUAAAGAAUGUGCAGUUGUUAAAGACAGUAACAGUUGUGAUGUGUGUGACUGUGUGUCAACCACUCACUGA